UUAUUAAUAUUCAUGAGGACGUGCUGACACAAGCUCCGUGGGAAAAAAAGUUUGAGUUUACAAAGUUUCCGACGACUGGAGAGACAGCAGCGGUAGAGCAGGCACAGAGGAGCAGAGGCGGAUAACCUUGAAACACUCAUCUGUACAACCAUAGGAGAUGUUUUUCAGCCUUAUGUUGACUUUCUUAAGUUAGGGGAAAAAUCACUGCAGGCCUAAACUGUUUUGGUGAAAACAGGCCUCUCUUCUUUUUGAGCAGCUUCGCCUGGGUGUUUUGAGGCGAGAACACCGUCGUUUCUCCCCCUCUCCCAACUUUUUUUCCGCCGAGCGAAAUGAGCAACAACCCAGUCCAGCCUCUGCCGGGCCAUCAAGUCAUCCAUGUGGCCAAGGACCCGGACACGGACCUUGAGGCGCUCUUUAACGCGGUCAUGAACCCCAGGCCAAGCUCCUGGAGGAAGAAACACUUGCCUGAGUCCUUCUUCAGGGAACCGGACUCCGGCUCGCACUCGCGUCAGUCCAGCACGGAUUCGGGCAGCGGACCGGCCAGGCUGGCGGCGCAGCACGUGCGCUCGCACUCCUCCCCCGCAAGCCUGCAGCUCGGCCCUGGGGCAGGGGCAGUAGCCGGACCGAACCCUUCUCAUCACGUACACAUCCGUCACCAGUCGUUCGAUGUCACUGAUGAGCUGCCACUGCCCCCUGGAUGGGAGAUGGCCUACACUUCCAACGGUCAGAAGUAUUUUCUCAAUCAUGUGGAGAAAAUCACCACGUGGCAUGACCCUCGGAAGACCAUGACAGCCAGCAUGAAUCAGAUGAGCCUGCACACUCAGGCAACCAGCAGUACUGGCAGUGUACAGCAGCGCUCCAUGGCCCUGUCCCAGCCAAACCUUGGCCAGCUGCCGGAAGGUUGGGAGCAGGCAGUCACCCCUCAGGGAGAAAUUUACUUCAUUGACCACAAAACCCAGAGCACAUCGUGGCUCGACCCGCGUGUGGACUCUCGCUUCAUGAUGUCACAGCAUCAGCACCACCAACAGCAUCUCCAGCAUGUCCAGCAGCAGCAGCAGCAGCAGCAGGCACAGGUGCAGGCCCAGUCUCAGGCCCUUGGCUCCAGUGGCUCUGUUCCCCAGCAGCAGAGCACUCAGCCUGGCAUGAUGAACAUGGCUAACUCCCUGAGUGCACAGCAGCAACACCAGCAGAAGAUGAGACUGCAGCGCAUUCAGUUGGAGAGGGAGCGCAUUCAGAGGAGGCAGGAAGAACUGAUGAGACAGGUGGCGCUCUGUAGACAGAUGCCCAUGGACUCAGACAACAUGGCGUCCGUGGCUCCUGCCAUCAAUCCAGCUCCGAUGAACCAGGGCAGCAUGCCUAGCAGUGGCUCAGACCCUUUCCUGAACAGUGGACCAUACCACUCACGUGAGCAGAGCACAGACAGUGGCCUGGGCUUGGGCUGCUAUAGCAUCCCCACUACUCCUGAGGACUUCCUCAACAACAUGGAGGAGAUGGACACAGGAGACAGCAUGGUGCCAGUCAACAUGAACGUGCCUCAGCAAAGCCGGUUCCCUGACUUCCUUGACUCCAUGCCAGGCACAAAUGUAGACCUGGGCACUCUGGAGGGCACAGACCUCAUGCCCAUCCUCAACGAUGUGGAGUCUGUCCUGAACAAGAAUGAGCCCUUUCUCACCUGGCUCUAAAGUUGUGCCAGGCCAAAGAAAGGCUAAGGACUUUUAGCACCUGUGCUACCUUUAUGGAUUUUAAUUCAAUCAGUCUCUCCCAGCUCUCUUAUUUGUAACAUGUCUAUUUUGCUCCAUUUCUGACCACUCCUGGUCACUGAAAUUUUCUCUGAAAUACUGAGCAAAGAGGGCAAUAUAAACCAAAGUGUUCAGCCUAAGAACAACAAAAAAAAGAGCAUGUGUCAAUCAAAUUUGUUCAGGUAGAGUGUGCUUAAUAGAACAAAAGUUGGAUUGUUUUGUAUAUACUGUAGGAUAAAGUAGAGUUUUACCUCCACUGUGUGUAGGUCGAUCAAAUAUGCCAUUCCUCUGUCUAUGGACAUGAAUGGGAAAUGUGGUUAUUCAUAGAGUGAGUGUGGCUGUCAGGUGGUGUUCAGUGACACUUGAUGGCCACCAGCAGAGGGAGCUACUGUCUCCGCUAUAAAAUGGAGAGUGUAUAGGCUUCAGUGAUGUUGGCAGAAACAUCAGCCAAUUCAACAUUGGGGUGCUUUAUUGUUCAACUAAGCGGCCUUAUGAACAAAGUUGGUUUCCUUUUCUUUACAGAUACCAAAUAUGUUUCCUACUGUAUUCAUCAUGACUCUAAAAGCUUUAAGUUGUGACUUUGUAGUCAGUUAAAUUUUUAAAGAAGCAAUAAUUUGUCUGCAUUUCCAAGUUUGUAUUCAAGCUGAUUACCGUUAGCUAGUGUAUCAAGUAAGCUCAUGCCUCUGAAAUGCGACAGUGUGCAUUUGUAGACAUCCAUUUUAUACCAUGUACUUUUUAUGUACUGCUACAGUAUUCCUUUUUUAAACUGUAAUAUACCCUAGAUGUGUCACUUGGCAUCUGGUGCAUUUUAUGACUUUUGAUAUAGAGUUUGCAUUUUAGUAUUUAUCAAGAGCUAUGAUUUUUAUUAGAGUUUUAGAUUUUUUUUAUGAAAUUGAAAUUUCAAAGCACUACAAAUCAGUGAGGGAUUGAGUUAGAUCUUAAAUGUUGAAGUUAAGAUUUUCAUAUAAGGUUCCUGCUUUGUGUGUCUUCACUGUACUGUGAGGCUUUCUGAUGGUCUUUGGCAUAGUAGGACCUGCCUCCAGUGCAGUGGUGAACAGUUUUCCAUAGUAUCUGCAGGGAGUAUGCAACAAAAUAGUAUUUUCUAAAGCCAGAGAUUAUUGAGUCUGAGUUUGGGGGAUUGAAAGAACACUCAAACUGGAUCAGCAUGGGUGAAAAGAUGAUCUUGCUUUGUUUCUUAAGCCCAACUGAUCCAGUGACAUUUUCUAUAUCAGCCUAAUGUUUUUGUAUUGGAUGUUAAAUAAAUUGUUUUCUAUUCCUAGCUUUGGUGGCAUGUAGACCCACCAUAUAGUGACUAAGCAGCAUAUUGUUAUUUUGUAUACUGGUGACAGUGAGGGGGGUGGGGGGUGAGAGGUGAAUCUGUGGGGUUUUGGUAGGGAGUAAUUGUAGGUCAAACUGAGCUCAUGACAUCCUUCAGACAGGAUCGAAUGGUUAAGUACUGGGUAAGAAGAGUGAGUACAUGCAGGAACCCAGAUGUCCCCUUUCUUCAGCGUCUCACUUUGUGAAACAGUUUUGAGCCUUUGGUCAACAGCUGAGCAGUUGAGUUCCUUCAUAACAAAGAGCAGCUACUGAGUGGCUUCCAAGUAGUUCCAAGUAAUGAGGUGUUAUUCCAGGGCUCUAAAGCAGAGGAUGCUUGAGGAUUAAGGGAGAUUGUGGCAUACAGGUCAUCAAUGGGCAUGGUGUUCGCAUCUGAUCAUCUGACCAUGUUAAAGCAAUACAUUUUCGUGAUGUGUCUUUCAGAGUGAACAUGGGUAUGAAAAUGAAUAAAGGCCACAGUCUGAGUGGCCAUGAAACGUGGUGUGGAACACGUUGUUUUUGAGUAGUUUAUUGAGUGGUAUGGAAUUGGCAGUUUUCUGUAGCAUUAUGUUUAACAUGGUUGUAUAGCACGCUGCUUAGCAACAGUAGCAUGGGGAGGUUUUGUUAGAAUCCAGGGUAUGUGGACAUUAAAAGCAUGCUGGUUAAAAGCAUGUUGUGGCUCGGAAAACCCACAUACACACUGAAACAAAAUGGCAGUUUACUGUAUUUGGGGGAAGUAUGGAGAUGAUUCUGAGAUCUAUAACCUCACAAAGAAAUAUCUGACGAUGACGUGUAACUUCUUGAGGAAAAAAAAAUAAAUGGUGUUACCACAAAUGGA